AAGACCAAUAGAAGCGUCAACUCAGAAUCCCGGCUCACCAGAACGAAAGAAACCACGAAUACAGUCUAAUGUUAAUAAUGCGAUGCCAUUAGCUGCUAAAGGUAGAUGUUGUGACAAAAUGCGAGUAUCAUGCCUAAACACUCACACCUAUCAUCCCUAGUGCGGCCGACUGCAAUGGAACAUUUUGUUGGGCAAAAUGAUCUAAUGGGCGAGAACGGUAUUCUGCGGGCAUUCAUUAGAAAUAACAAGCUUCCAUCGAUGAUCUUAUGGGGACCUCCUGGCAGCGGCAAAACCACCAUUGCCCGGUUGAUAUCAAAGAUGGUGUCUGCGCGAUGUGUAGAACUGAGUGCGACAUCUCAUGGUGCCGCUGAUGUUAGAAAGGUUGCCGACGAGGCCAUGAACCAUUUGAAAAUGCUUGGCCAGAAGACUAUUGUAUUUUUGGACGAAAUUCAUCGAUUCAAAAGAGAUCAACAGGACAUAUUGCUUCCACACGUCGAAAGGGGAACCAUCACGCUGAUAGGCGCCACCACCGAGAAUCCAAGUUUCAAAUUGAAUUCAGCCUUACUGUCACGAUGCAGGGUGUUUGUACUUAACAGGCUGAGUGAAGAGGAAUUAUAUCAGAUUGUGGCACGAGCGUUGCAUAUAUGGAGAAGUGACGAAGAAGGAUCUGAGGAAGCAGCGCCAGUAACAAACAAAUCAGACGAGGCUGCUUUGCUCCAGUUGGCUCAAGUGAGUGACGGAGAUGCUCGUACCGCCUUGAAUAUACUCGACAUUGCUACUAGCGUUCUUCCGUCGCCAUUAAGUCCGCUUACACCAGAGGACGUGAAAGCUGCGUUCCAACGGUCGCAUCUAUUGUAUGAUAGAAAUGCGGAAGAACACUACAACAUCAUAAGCGCACUUCAUAAGAGUAUCAGAGGAAGUGAUGCUGAUGCGGCAUUGUAUUGGCUGGGCCGAAUGCUUCAAGGAGGAGAGGAUCCAUUGUAUAUUGCUAGGCGGUUAGUGAGAGCAGCUAGCGAGGAUAUUGGCCUGGCAGAUAACACUGCAUUACCACUGGCAGUCAGCGCAUAUCAAGCUUGCGAGCGAAUUGGAAUGCCCGAAUGUGAUACCAUAUUAGCACACCUUGUUGUGCACCUUGCAGAAACAAAGAAGAGUGUUCGAGUAUACAAAGCAUACAACAAGGUCAAGGAAGUCAUUGCUAAGGAGCCAAAUUUACCUGUUCCAAUGCAUAUACGGAAUGCACCAACGAAGCUAAUGAAGAAUCUUGGAUAUGGGGCUGGGUACAAGUACAACCCAGACUACGAAGAGCCCGUCGAUCAGGAUUACCUCCCCAAAGACUUACCCACCAAGAAGUUCUUGGACACGGACUGAAGGAUAUGUAAAAGAGCAGCCAAAGAAAGAAAGCAUACCCAGUCUUGAUGAGUCUUUACUUUAUUGUAGAAACACACAUAUAGGACAAUCGAAAGAGCAAGAAGAAAUGAAAU